GACGAUAUGAAUGAGAAGCUUGCUUCCGUGACAACGAGAGAAUCUAGCAUGGAAGUCAACCAUGCUGAUGACCCAGCUAUGCGAGACAAAUACGGCCACCCAAAACCUGGGGAACCCCCUUUAACCAAGGACCAAUGCGAUCGGUAUGAGAAGCUACUAUCCUCUCCCCGAGAGCUCGUCAAUUGCUUCUCAAUCCAACGAAAACGCAUGCUUGUCUGGCUAUGUUCUUACAUUGGAAAGCGGCGAUUGUAUGAUGAAGAGCCAGAAAGGUUUGAGCGAUUUCUUGUCUCUGCAGAGAAGAUUCUCGCUUUGAGAAAGCAGCAACAGAAAAUGAAGAAGAAACAAUCUGCAGACCUAUACAAGCAAAUCGUUGAUAUAGCCGCCGACUAUAUUCUGAAUCACCAAGGAAGUGGUUAUGAUGUAAAGCUUGACGUUAAUUAUUUCAUUGGACAGAUACUGUGGAGCUUUUAUGGAAGAUAUACAGAAUGUGAUUCUAAAAGGACAUUUGAAAAGGACCCAUUGGAGCAAGCGCUCGAAGGCAUAUCCUCUUUCUCUGAUUCGAAACUGGAAAAUGUGAUCACUGAGAUUGGUGCGCUUGUGCCGCAUAUGAGAACAUCGAGAAGUGAAUUCGGCAAUUGGAGAGAUGGUAGACUGCACCGCAUGUGCUUCAGAAUUAUCAAGUCAGUGAAAAGUGCGGAUAACCCGAAAGGAAUUGAAGAGAGCGGAUAUAUGAUCAACAUACGCUCAAAGUUGGCUUCACAUGUGAAUAUCGAAGAAGCCGGUAAAUUAUUAAACGAUGCAGUGAAACUGGCGAGAGAUAUUCAUGGCAAAUAUCACCCUAUAACAUGGCGUCUGACGGAACAACUGGGAAAUUUUCAUCUCGACAAGGCCACCGAGUGGAUGCACCGAUACUAUCUAUCCAAAGGGAAGGGGGGUAGAGUGAAGGGGGUUCAAGGACUUUAUGAAGACUUCCUCAAUGGUGCUCUGCAAGAGGACAAGGUUAACAUAGAGCUUCUGAGAGAACGUGUUGCCCCGGCCUUGGCUCAGUUUUACAAAAACCAUGGGCAAGACAACGAGGCGCGAGCGCUACUUUGGAGAUUUACCCAGGAUAAAAAACUGCAGCUUUAUGCAGAAUUCUUUGCGCCCUUCGUUGGUGUGAUAAAACGAACCCCACUCUUUAACGCAAUCUAUGAUGUGGAGGGUUUCGGUUUAUUUUCAGAUUUCAACUAUAGUAGUCUGGAAACCGCCAUUUUUAAGAUUGAUCAGAUUUUGCCAAAACCUAUUGAACCAUCUGACCAGGAAAAGAUGAUAAAAUGGCAUCCAAUGCUAGAAAAAUUACCUAUCGGCCAAAUGUCUCGGCUAGCUUCUAUCCACUGGAUUCCUGGUUUGCCUGGAGGUUACGAAGCACAGGUAUUCCAAGAGCCAGAGGACAAUCUUAUGGUACUUAACUUACCGUACAUCACAUACAAACAUUUUAAGGGCUCAGAGGCUUAUCGAGUUGGGUGUACAUAUGCAGUUUACCGCAAAGGAUCAGCCACUCAUCCAGUUUUGACCAAGUGGAAAGAAGAAGACAAGGAGUUAAGUGGUCAUUAUUUUCACUUUGUCUAUGAAUCUGGGGAGUACUUCACCUUUCUCCCGCACGAGCCUGUUAGCACGUCUGUGCUUGUCAGUUCCGGGACAAGUAGCAUCGAAAAGCAUUUGUAUGAUAAAGCGGGUGGGAAAUUGAUUGCGUUAGACGAGGAAUCCCCCCCGAAGGAUCCUGAGAAACCAGAAUUUCUCAAAGCUCUAUCAGUCCCGAGUUCCGAGACGACCCAGGGUUUCUUCAACAACACACCCGGCGAUAUUGCUGCCAUAGAUAACACUCGCAUUGCGAACGGCUUCAAUAUAGUCUCAGCCGAAUGGACUGACUGGUGCCGUUUCGUGCUACACACCUGUCCACCUGAGCGUCAACCGAAACUUACUGCAUCGGAUGGGUCACCUAUUCCUGUCCUGGGGUACAUCCACGGCACAUGGACCGACUUCAAUAUCACCAAAAGAUGGACUGGUUUGCAGGUAUACGUUGUACAAGCUAGAUUCGAGCUGUCGUCAGUAGCCGAAACGUCCGAUAUUGGAACAUUAUCAUCGUCGUGCCAUUUUAUCUUGAACCCUGAUGAUCUUUGCAAGUUUCGAGAAAGUGCUGUGCCCCUUCAGGACGCUCGUGCAACAUGCACGUUUCUCAACCCGUCACUUGUUCGAGUGAUGAGCCUCAGUCACCUAGAACCCCAACUAAUGUACUGCUUUGGCUCUAAGCCGGAUGAUGACUUUGAAGGUGUAAAGACAGCCUCUUGUCCAGAGACCGACUCGGGAUUGCUUACAGAGCUCACUCGCCGCGAACAGUGGGAUAAUGAAUAUGCAUACCUGUAUUGGAAUAAGCCCCUGUGGAGAUCAAGACUUGAAAAAAUGAGCGAACAAGCCAUAGCCGAGAUUACCAAGAGAAAAGAGUGGGAUGAGCAAUAUGCAAAGGGAACAAAGCAAUGGGUUUCGGUUUGGAAUUAG